AUGUAUGGACUGUUUCCUCAUCGGAAACACCCGGAAAAUGAAUCAAGAGUUGGUCAUGAGGGUGACCUGAGUCUAAAAUUUAUAUGUAGCCCGAGGCGCCAGAUUCCUUUACCCCGCAACGUCAUUGGACAUAUAUAUUGCAAAGAAGAAAGCGGAUUUCAAAAUGAUUUCCCACUAGGUGGCGAGUUUAACGGGGUUUCACGUGCCCUGGUGUGA